AGACGCAGAGGUUGUUGCGUGUGACGGCACAAUCUAAGCUAAUCUGAACCGUAAAAUUGACAAGUGCCACAUAGAAUGUUAUACAGUAUUUAACCUACAAAAUGGGAGAUAUUGUUGAUUGGCAAAGUAUAGAAAAUGAUGAGUUUUUAAAACAAUUCCUUAGCUGUGAUGCAAAGCAAUCGAAUGUCAAUCAGGUGUUAUCAGUGGCACAGCAACUUAAUAAAUUGGGGCAAGCGAUAGCAGUUCUGGAUACUGAACUGCAGAAACAGGUGCUUGCAAAUCAUGAAGAUUUGUUAUCUCAAGCAACGUGGGUUGAGAAAUUGGAAGAUGUCCUAUCUAUAAUGCAGGCUCAUGUACAAAGUUUACUCUCUGCAGUUGAACGCUUACGUGGUAAAAUUGUAGAGCCAUUUAACAGAAUAGAGACACAGACAAUAAUGCUGUCAAGGCUCCAUGAAACCUCAGAUCUUCUUAGAAGAGUAUCUAGAAUGCAGCACUUAUCAAGACGACUGCAUUCUCAAAUGAACACCUGUUCAUCUGGUCCUGAUAUUGUGAAAGCUGCUAAUAGUCUACAUGAGCUAGAACAACUAAUGUCAGAUGUAGAUUUAAGUGGCCUCGAUGUAGUUGCUGAUGACCAGCAAGCAAUAAAAGUUCACAGGGCAACAGUUCAGAGAAUAGCAACACACACAUUGACUCAGGGCUUACAAUCUACUGACCGUACCCAGGUUGGUACUGCAGUCCAGGUAUUUUCAAAUCUGGGUGUGCUACAAGGAGCUGUAGAUACGACAGUGACAUCAGCAUUGUCUGAAGUAGAAAAAGUUGCAAGAGAAGCAUUAGAGGUUUCGCUACCAACAAAUCAGGAUAUAAAAAGAGGAGGUCCAGGAAGAGCAACACUACCAUCCCCAGGUUCUUCAGGAAAUUUACGCACGAAGCUCUGGGCCAAUUUGGAACGACUAUUCCAAGAUUCUGUUUAUACUCAAUGUAUUCAAAUUGAAUUGUUACAAAGAAUAUUACUAGAAUACCAUGCCAAAGGCUUUGACGAUUUAUCGGAAACAUUUUGGAGUAAGAUAACAACCCUUCUGGCUAAAGUCCUGCUUGAACGAUCACAAGCAUCGUCGUUCGUGAAGCAGGCAUUGGAGGGCGAGUAUCCAAAAUUUCUACGCAUUUAUUUAGAUCUCAGUAAACGUUUGAAAGAGCGUCCACAAGCGAUUGGUACCUACACGAUAAACCGGAAUGUAAUAUCUUCCUUUGAGAAUCCAUAUCUAUCUCGUUCUGUAUCACGACUCUUGGACCCGGUGCAUACAAUGUUCUCCGGUGAUAUCUCUCCUGGUCAGGAUGACAUCGACAGUCUAAUCCGCACCGUGGCAAGUGAACUGAGUGUAUCUCUCGUCGACGAAGGAUUAUCAACAGUAGUCGCCCGUAACGUUGGCAAAGCUAUCCGCUUGUUCUGUUUAAAAUGCGAGCAGGCAUUGAUAACUGAUGGAGAAGCAAGUCAGGUGAUAGAUGCGCCUACACCAGGUCAACAGACGAAUGUGACCUUGGCCAAUCUUCUUCAUUACUUAUCAACGCAAACUAGUCGCGUUGUUGGAAAUUUGGCUGGUAGUUUGCCAGCCGAAGGAGCUUCUAUCAUUGCAACAGCGCUUGAACAAAUUGACGUUGUAACGAAGAAUAUUCUGACACCCUUAUUGGCAUCUGUCAAUGAUGCCAUCGAGAGCAUUAUACUUACCAUGCACGAUGAUCCAGAAUUCCGAGAAACUGCCAGUCCUCUUGGCAAGGAGAUUGGAUGUUCCCUAUAUAUGAGAGAACUCCAAGGUUUCAUUUUACGUUGUGUAAAUACUUUCCUGGUACCUUACAAGAAUCAAACAGCUGUAGCUGAAUGUUGUAAGAGCGUUGUAUCACGAUGUAUUGAACUCUUUGUACGACACGCUUGCCUACUGAGACCGCUUACGGACUACGGUAGAGCUAAGCUCAUCGCAGACUUUAUCCAGAUGGAAGUGGCUGUAACACCAUUGUGCAGAGGAGGCCAAUUAGGUUUAAGCGAGCAGCAACAGUAUAGAACACUAAGAGCUUUGAGGUCACUUUUACCACUAAGUCCAGAGGAUAUGGUGGAAAAGGUUCUGGAAGGUGGAGGCGAAGGUGGUGUGCCACCUUCUCUUGUUCUUCUACAUCUAUUUUCUGGAGCACCGUCUGAUUUACCAUCUCCGCACCAAAGUGCUGGAUGGUCCAUCAGUAGAUUAUCCCACUGGAUGGAUAAUCACACGAGUGAACGUGAACGACUGGCAUUGAGCAGUGGACCACUUCAACGUUAUCAAACUCUUGUACGACAUAAAAAUCUGCCAUCGUUUCAUCCACUGUUUCCACUUAUGAUGAAACUAGCCAGCCUUGGAGAUCGUUAAUGAUAUGCUUGUGAGCAUAUUCAUCAAUAACUUCAAUCUGUCCAGCUAUGCAAGCAUUCAUCAGAGUAAAGUCCAGUUCAUGUGCAUCCUGGCAAACAUUCCCUUUAUGAGCAUUGGAAGUUUGUAAGUUCGUGGCAGUGGACUUCAUGACAUUUGACACUUGCACUGGAAUGUCCUAUCCAAACAAUCAUGAGCAUAAUGGAUCAUGAAACAUAGCAAAUUUUAAUCCAUUGUAGCAAGGUUCAAUAAGCCGCAAAAAUUGUAAUUUAAUAAUGACACUUGUUAUGCAAUCUUUCCUAAUAAACUGGCAGUUUAUUAACACUGUUAAUUUUUUCACAAACA